CUGCAGCCAUCACAAAAUCUAUAUCUCUUUUUGUCUCCUACUUGAUUCAGAGAUGAGAACAAUCCAAGAAUCGCCAUAAACACACACGGACAAAAUUUGCUUUUGUUUUUGUCUUUUUUAGCUUUGGCUCCUGGGUUUCUUGCAGCAGUGGACCAAGAGUCGAAGCAAACGUUUAGAGUCAGCGCAGAGCCACCACGGAUCAUCCAAUCCUUCGUGGCCAAGGAUCGAGGGACUGUCUUCUUAUGAUCCACUGAUCUUCUCCUAAUUCGGUUUCGCUUCGUCCUCAUUCGCUCUAAUCAAACCAUUUGUUUUUGCUAAUUUCGAUGUUGCUUAAUCCAAGUUGGCUUCCGCAAACCGUGUUUUCGAUUUGUUUGUUUUGAUCAUGGCGAUGGAUGGGGAAGUGUCCGGUGUUUGGAGUUUCUUGGCUUUCUUUAAGCUCGAGUGGUUGAGGAAGAGGAGCAUAUAAAUUUGGGGGGUGUUCUUGCAUGAGGUCAAACGAGCGUAGCUACUGCGUCGGCGAUGGCGUUGUCGGAGCCGGACCUCGCGGCGGAGACGGAGGCGAUCGUGUCGGCGCUCACGCACGUCGUCGCGUACGGCGGCGGCGGCCCGCCGCCGAGCGAGGAGACCGCCGCGUCCGCGGUGACAAGGACAGCGCCGUGGCGCGCGGACGGCGCGCGGCAGGGGGCGGUGCCGGCGGCGAGGAAGUACAGGGGGGUGAGGCGGCGGCCGUGGGGGAAGUGGGCGGCGGAGAUCAGGGACCCGCACAGGGCGGCGCGGGUGUGGCUCGGGACGUUCGCCACCGCCGAGGACGCGGCGCGCGCCUACGACGCCGCGGCGCUCCGCUUCCGCGGGGGGCGCGCCAGGCUCAACUUCCCCGAGGACGCCGCCGCGGCCGACGAGCGACGCGCCACGGACGCCGCGGCCGCCGCGGCGGCGGCGUCGUCGGCGCCCGCCGCGCUGCUGGAGUCGCAGCCGGGCGACGUCGCGGACUGCCUCGACUACUCCAGGAUCCUGGCGGGGGCGCCGGAGCGGCCGACGAGCUCCACCGUCCCGGACGGGUUCUUCGGCGGCGGCGGGAACGGCCGCUUCUUGCACUCGUGGAGCAUUGGCACGUCGCCGUCGCCGUCGGGCUCGGGCUCGGGCGGAGCCGGCGGUGGCGGUGGCGGUGGCGGUGGCGGCGCCCCUGUUCGUCCUCUGUUUCAUGGCGGUAACGGCUGGGAGCAACGCGGUGACAGUGCAUACAACGGUUUCUAGACGCCUCGGGAAUCGGGAUUAGCGAUAUUUGAAGAAGAAAAGCAAAGGAUUCGAGAAUUAGCAUAUUCUUUUAUCAUGGUACUGAGAAUUAGGCUAUUUUUUUAGGUACUCAUAGUAUAUUCGAGAAUUAGCCUAUUCUUUUAUGGUACUCCGUAGUGUAGUAGUAGUGGAGUAGUAGUAAUUAGCAGUAGUAGCAGAAUAACUUUGUUAGAUUGUUUCCCGAAAAAUCAUUGUAUGUUCCAAAAACUCAUUUAAAGUAAGGCAAGCGAUUAUUUAUGUAGAUAGAUACAUGAUGUAAACUCAAAGCAAUUUUGGUUGUAGUGAUUUGCGAUACAAGGAGCCCCCGAAUGGGGGGCAGAGCAAAAAUAAAAAAAAUUGCUAGCGUAUGUGUCAUGCGCUGUUUUUUGCUCAA